AUGAAUAAUACUUUGGAAUACUUAUUUAAACAGUCUAAGUUCAAUGAUAAAGAAAAAGAAGCCUUCAAAGCAAAUCUGGAAUAAAGACUCUCACUUGACAAUCAUGACUUGGCUUUAGAAGAAAAAAUGAACAUUGUCAUGACGUGUUUUGAGAAAAAUGUCAACUCUGUCAUAAUGCAGAUUCCAGAUUUGGAGGAACUCUUCGCCUUCAAGAAAUGCGUCAGAAAGUACUCCAGAGUCAAGAUGAGAGCUGCCACCUACUACAACUCUGUUCUUCACAGCGAGGAGGACCACUUUGCUAGGAACGUAGACUUACUCAAACCGUAUCUAAUUUAAGGCUAACAAAUCAUUUGA